AUGGGUGGGGGCAGAAAUGGAGGUGUGGCUGGGGCUCCUGGGGGUGGCGGUGAUGAGUCUGAGCGCUGUCUGCCCGGGGCCCUUCAGAACCUGGAACUGGCCCUGGUAGGAGUGGCCGGGGGGGACGACCUGGGAGCCCUAGUUAUUGUCUGGGGCACCCCCUGCGGGAGUCGGGCCGGGCACCGCUCACUCGGCUGCCACCACCUUCCCCCUUCUCUCCCUGAGCAGCAGCACGAAGUGGACAAGCUCUACCGCAUCGAGAACAAGCCGGCCCACAGCGCCAGCGACCAGUUGUGCUUCUUGGUCCGGCCGCGCAUCAGGAGUGUGAAAUAUGUGGCAGACAUCGUCAACGCUGAUAAGGCUUCUGGGAGGACCCGCAAGUACAAGAUUAUCUUCAGCCCUCAGAAGUUCUACACAUGUGAGAUGGUCCUGGAGGAAGAAGGGAUCUACGGGGACGUGACCUGGGACGAGUGGUCCUUUUACCUGCUGCCUUUGGACGAUGACAUCAUCAGCAUGGAGCUGCCCGAGUUCUUCCGCGACUACUUCCUGGAAGGGAAUCAGUGCUGGAUCAGUACCGUGGCCCAGGCUUUGCAGCUAAUGAGCUCCCUCUUUGGACCGUUUACCAGGACCUACGGAAUUGGCCGGUGCGCCAAGAUGGUCCACGAAGUCUGGCGUGAGGUCGCGGAGGAGAGCGAAGGCGACAGCCUGGGCCGGAAGCCGGAGAUGGGCCAAGUGUUCCUCAUGGACAGAGGUAGGGGAUCCGGGGCUCAUUGGGCGCCUGGGAAUGCCCAGGACAAGGUGUUCAACAAGAUCCGCAACGAGCACUUCUCCAGCGUUUUUGGGUUCCUGAGCCAAAAGGCACGGAAUCUGCAGGCGCAGUACGACCGACGUCGUGGGAUGGAUAUCAAGCAGAUGAAGACCUUUGUGUCCCAGGAGCUGAAGGGCUUGAAGCAAGAACAUCGCCUGCUGAGCCUGCAUAUCGGUGCCUGUGAAUCCAUCAUGAAGAAGAAAACCAAACAAGAUUUCCAGGAGCUGCUGAAGACAGAGCACGCGCUUCUGGAAGGGUUUGCUAUCCGGGAGAGCAUCGGCUUCAUUGAAGAGCACAUCGACCGGCAGGUCUCCCCCACUGACAGCCUGCGUCUGCUGUGCCUGCUGUCCAUCACAGAGAACGGACUCAGCCCCAAGGACUACCGCUCCCUCCGGACUCAGUACCUGCAGAGCUACGGACCGGAGCACUUGCUGACCUUUCACAACCUGAAGCGCAUCGGGCUGCUCACGGAGCAGGUCUCUGGGGAGACCCUCACGGCCGUGGAAAGCAAAGUCAGCAAGGCGGUGACUGACCGAGCGGCAGGGAAGCUCUCGGACGCCUUCAGUUCUCUGGCCAGGAAGAGCAAUUUCCGUGCCGUUAGCAAGAAGCUGGGGCUGAUCCCGCGCGUGGCUGGAGAGUACGAUCUGAAGGUGCCCCAGGACAUGGCCUACGUCUUCAGCGGUGCCUACACCCCACUGAGCUGCAAGAUGGUUGAGCAGGUGCUGGAGCGGAGGAGCUGGCAGGGCCUGGAGGAGGCCGUGCGCCUGCUGAGCGGGAAUGAGUUCGCUGCCGCAGCCCCAGGCACAGCGGCAGAGGAGAAUUCUUGGGACUCCCAGCGCAUCAUCCUGGCCGUCUUCUUAGGGGGCUGCACCUUCUCGGAGAUCUCUGCGCUCCGCUUCCUGGGCAAAGAAAGAGGGCUCAGGUUUGUGUUCCUGACCACAGCCAUCACCAGCAGUGCACGGUUGCUGGAAGCCAUGACAGAGAGCAGAGCUUGACGGAGGGCCUGGGGGGGGGGUGGCCUUCUGCUUCGGAAGGAAGGAAGGAGGGUGCUGGUCUUCCUCCCCGGGUGACCCGCCUUCUGACUGGCACCCCGCUGGAACCACCGCCGCCGGCCCCUGGAAGGAGCACUUCAGGGUGAAGACCAGGCCUGGUCCUCCUGCGGGGAGUGACGUGCUUCUGCCUGCCUCUAGUGGUGGUGGGGGGACGACUCUUACCCCGCUGCUCCCGCUUCCCUGCUGGCCGUGGGAGGGGGCGGUGUGUGGUCGGAGUCUCCUGUUUUGGUCUGACAUCAGAAUAAACGGUUGUGAA